GCCACGCCCCCCCCCGGCGCGCCGCGCGCACUCGGUGGCCGGGCCGGGCCCGCGCGGGGAGCUCCUGGGAAAUGGAGUCCGCGCCGCCGCCAUCUUGGAGCGGGGACGGAGGGAGGCCACCCCCUCCCUGGGCCGUGACACCGAGGACACAGUGAUGGGCGCAGGACAGGAGCCCCCCCACAAGGAGCCCCUGGAGGGGGACAGCUGCCACCCUGCCCCCAGGACUGGGACCGAGGACGUUGCCACCCUGGAGCCACCAACGUGUCAUGACCCCUCUGGGUGCAGCCAGAAUGUCAUCCCAGCAGAGGAGGAACCCAGGUAGACAGCAAGGUCCUUCACCUGGCCAGACCUUGGGAUCAGAACAUGCUUCCGCCCACCUUCCCUACACGCGUGGAGCAUGCCAAGUGUCCCUGUCCUCCAGCCAUCUCCAUCUGCACCUUUGGGGACCUCAUGUAGGAUGCAAAACACCCACCCCACCUGUGAUGCUGGAGGUGAUGCUGGAGGUGCUCCAACACAAGUCUCCCUGCCCAUGUACGUGUGGCGUCGGCUGCACCAGCUGAUUCAGUGGGCCAUCUGAAAUGCUUGCUCUUACCCUUGCUCUUCCAUGAGUCCCUGUGCCACCUUCCCUGGAGCAGGAGGCUUCUCUGAGCAACAGAGGCAUCCGACAAGCCCUUUGCCUUCCCCACGAGGCGUCCCCUGCCUCCAACAGUGGCUACUGCUCUCGGUGCAACGUUUGCAACAGGAUGCUCACCUAAAAUCAGCACCCCAUGCGGAGGGGCAGUGCAGGAAGUGGUUUGAAACCCAAGCAAAGUGGGUACAGCAAGUUACGGCUUCAUUUCUUCAUACCUUGGUGGCCAUUUCUAACUUAUUCAACCUUAUUUUAUUUUAUUUAAACAACUGGAGGAAAAAAAUAAUUGGCAAAAGGAGCUUGCUUUGCCUUCUACCCUCCAUACGAAGGUCUCUCCAGACAGUUGCCCUGAGGCAAGCAUUUCUGGGGGUGGUGGAUACCAAGCAGCCACACCAAUCUCCAUUGGCUGGCUGCAGGCUCCAGCUCACCUUCAACAAAGCCCGAAACUGAAUUCGUAGCUUAGUCAGAACUUUGUUGUGGUGAACUCAAGGUUUGUUCCUGAGGUUGAAUCCUAAAAGCAACGCCAAAUCGAUGCUUGCUGCAGCUGUUUUUGACCGAUGAGAUGGUUGAAGUCCUCAGGUCAACCACGGAGACCCCAUCCCAGACCUGGGUGAGCUGAAGGGGAGGCAAGAGUCAUGACAAAGACGGCAGCUUAAGCCAAGCAAGAAAGGAGAAUAAGAGCUAGGCAGGAGGACAUGGUGUCUGGUGUCCUCUGCUCGGCAAUUAAUAACUGGGAGAUCCUUGGCUGACCUGCUGCCAGUUGUGGUCCCACGGGCAUGUCUGCAGCCUCCCCACCCACAUUUGCCUGUGGGGAUAGAGAAAAGGACCUCUUGCAGAUGGCUUCAGCAGCUUUGGGCCGAAUUCCUGCUUCAGAUCUGAAUGAGAUAGUAGCUGAAAGUGGAAGAAGCUGCUCUCCUUCCCUGCCAAGAGCACUUGCUGCCUGUCCCAAGCUUCUGAGAUGCUCCUGAAGGGUUGCCAUGCUGGUGCCCACACCUGAUCCACUGGUCUCAGCCCCUUUGGUGGGGCCAUACCGGAGUCUGCUCCCCAUCAAGGCGAUGGGCCAUUUGAUGCUUAUCCAUUUUCUUGUCUGUUGGCUAUGGAGUCUGCAUUGUGUGUGAGCAGACACACUUGCUGGGGCGAAGCUAAGACACUACAACCAAGCCCUGCAACUCGCCCAGCCCUCCCCAUCCCCCUUCUGAUGUCCUCUUGCACAGUGGACCCAUGCGAUGUCUCCCACAGCAGCUGCGGCCAGAGGAUGCUUGCUGGUCACCAAGGAUCAAGCUGAAAGUAGAAGAUUCAGUUCCCCUUCAUCCACUGGACUCCACGUGAUGCAAGAGCCACUGGGGAGCUGGGGGAUGGAGUGUGGAAAGCGUCCUCUCCCAGCUGCCUUCAUCAGGUCUUCAGCAUAUUUCUUCUCCAGCUGGUGAUGGUGGACCUGAUCUCAGCCCCUGCCAAGCCUACCUCUUCCUGCACCCCUGCCAGGCUGGGAGCAGCUUCUCCAAAAGUCCUUUGCUGUCUGCUGGGCACCCUAUGGGCGACAGACUAUCCAUCCAUGCUGGUCUUGGGGCUGCAGAGAUCCUCCUCAUCCUAGCAGGGCUGUGCGCGUCAGGUCCUGCCAACGUAAGGCUGGUGAAUGGCCCCGACUCCUGCACGGGCCGGCUGGAGGUGUUUUACAAUGGUACCUGGGGGACGGUGUGCGAUGACCACUGGGACCUCAACGGCGCCCGCGUGGUCUGCCGGCAGCUGGGCUGCGGGAUGGCGCUGUCGGCCGUUGGUGGGGCUCGCUACGGGCGAGGAGCAGACCCCAUCUGGCUGGACAACGUACGGUGCACUGGGACGGAGGCUGCCCUUUCCAAGUGCCAGGCACGGCCCUGGGGAGCCCACAACUGCGGGCACGCGGAAGACGCCAGCGUUGUGUGCUCAGGGGCACCUGUUCCAGGUUCAACCCGUACCAGGCUGGUGAACGGCUCAAGUUACUGCUCCGGCAGAGUUGAAGUCUUCCACAAUGGUGAAUGGGGUACCGUGUGUGACGACAACUGGAGCCUGGUGGACGCCAAAGUGGUGUGCAGGGAGGUGGGCUGUGGCCAAGAACUGUCAGCUCCGACUGGGGCUGCCUUCGGGCAAGGGUCGGGGCCCAUCUGGCUGGACGAAGUGACCUGUGCUGGGAUGGAGGCUGCCCUUUCUCUGUGCCAGGCCAGGUCCUGGGGAAGCCAUAACUGCAACCACGGAGAGGAUGCUGGCGUUGAAUGCACAGAACCGACUCAGGUCCGGCUGGUGAAUGGCUCCAGCCGCUGCUCAGGGCGAGUUGAGGUCCACCACAACCAGCAGUGGGGGACAGUGUGCGACGACAACUGGGACCUGAACGAUGCUGAGGUGGUGUGCCGGCAGCUGGGCUGCGGGCUGGCCAUGUCAGCCCCUGGCAGGGCUCUGUUUGGGCAAGGACACAGUCCCAUCUGGCUGGAUGAGGUGAACUGCACUGGGAUGGAAGGUGCCAUCACUGAAUGCAGCUUCAGGCCCUGGGGAGCCCAUAACUGCAACCACAGUGAAGAUGCAGGUGUCAUAUGCUCAGACCCCACGGAGCUACGGCUGGUGAACGGCCCGAAUCGCUGCACUGGGCGCCUCGAGGUGCUUCAUGACCAGCAGUGGGGGUCCGUGUGUGACAACGACUGGGACAUGGAGGAUGCCAAAGUGGUGUGCCGGCAGCUGGGCUGCGGUGCUCCAAUCUCUGCUCCAGGCUGGGCUAGGUUUGGCAGGGGCUAUGACCCCAUCUGGUUGGAGACGGUCAGCUGCGAGGGGACGGAGGCUGCCCUUACCGAGUGCAGAACCCAGGUGUGGGGCACCCACAGCUGCCACCACGGGGAAGACGCCAGCGUGGUGUGCUCAGACCCGAUGGCACUUCAGUUGGUAGAUGGCCCACACCGCUGCGCUGGGAGGGUCGAGGUGCUUCAUCAGCAGCAGUGGGGGACAGUGUGUGACGAUGGCUGGGACCUGCAGGAUGCCGAGGUGGUGUGCUGGCAGCUGGGCUGUGGGGCGGCAGUGGCAGCCCCAGGCUUCGCUCACUUUGGCCGGGGACGUGAUCCCAUCUGGCUGGACGAAGUGAACUGCACAGGGACCGAGUCCGCCCUUUCCGAAUGCAGGGCCAAGCCGAAAGGAGUUCACAAGUGCCACCACGGAGAAGACGCUGGUGCGGUGUGCUCAGACCCUACUGAGGUCCGGCUGGUGAACGGCUCAAAUCGCUGCUCUGGGAGAAUUGAGGUGCUGCACAACCAGCGAUGGGGAAGCGUGUGUGACGACAACUGGGACCUGGAUGAUGCAGAAGUAGUGUGCCGGCAGCUGGGCUGUGGGAUGGCUGUAGCCGCUCCACCCAGAGCUCAGUUUGGGAUGGGGCACGAGCCCAUCUGGCUGGACGAUGUGAACUGCACCGGCACCGAGGCUGCCCUCUCUGAGUGCAGGGCCAGACCGUGGGGAGAGAGUAACUGCAACCACCGAGAAGAUGCCAGCGUGGUGUGCCUGGGACUAGCUCAGCUCCGGCUGGUGAAUGGCUCCAGCCGCUGCUCCGGGAGGGUCGAGGUGCUUCAUAACCAGCAGUGGGGGACGGUGUGUGACAACGGCUGGGACCUAAACGAUGCCGAGGUGGUGUGCCAGCAGAUGGGCUGCGGGGUGGCUGUGUCAGCUCCAGGCUCGGCUCAUUUUGGGCCAGGGUCCAACCAUAUCUGGCUGGGUGAAGUUGAGUGCACGGGGGCAGAAGUUACCCUCUCCGAAUGCAGGUCCAGGAUGGAGGAACCCAUUAAUUGCCACCAUGGGGAAGAUGCUGGUGUUGUGUGCUCAGACCCCCCGGCACUGCGGCUGGUGAACGGCUCAAGCCUCUGUGCUGGGAGAGUUGAAGUGCUCCACCAGCAUCAGUGGGGGACCGUGUGCGAUGACAGCUGGGAUGAAGAGGAUGCCGCGGUCGUGUGCCGGCAGCUGGGCUGCGGGAUGGUGGUGUCGGCCCCUGGUGCAGCUCAGUUUGGGAAAGGGCGCAAUGCCAUCUGGCUGGACGAUGUGAACUGCACAGGGAAGGAGGACACCCUCUCGGAGUGCCUGGCCAGGCCAUGGGGGACACACAACUGUGACCAUGGAGAAGAUGCCAGUGUGGUGUGCUCAGGCUAUGUUACCGUCAGACCUCCGCAGCCUCUGCCGCUGCUCCCAUUGCUGGUUUCGAUCAUCCUUUCAGUCUUGAUGCUGGUCUGCGGGGCUCUUCUGUACCAGAGGAGGAGGCGAAUGCAAAACGGGUCUUUUAAUUUCCCCCAAGGUUCUGUGCGCAUGGAGGAGCUGGUUGUCUCUGACACGUACCUCUUGAUGCCGGGAGAAGAGCAAGCAGCAGCCAAGGUGGCUCCUGCUGGGGAUGCUGACAACAAGAGAGCUCAGCACAGCCUGAGGGCAAAAUCCCGGAGACAGCAGGGAGGAGGGGUCAGUGCAGGAGGAGGGAUGAGUGCCGGGCAAACACCAGGCACAUUGCUGCAGAGGAGGGAACAAGCCUGCUCUCACCACCCACGGCACCCAGCUCGGCUUGCAGCUCGUACUGGGACGGUCACCUGUCCUAAGGCGUAUGUGAUGGGCAUGGGGUUUUCGGGACGUUGCCUCCUGUCCCUGCACAGCAACUGGGCUGGCUUCGCCACAGCAGGGCUCCUCAUCUACCUGGUGUGCCUCUGUGACCUGGUUGCUUCCCAGCGGGCUCCCCUCCGCCUGUCAGAUGGCCCGCACCGCUGUGCCGGCAGGGUCGAGGUCUUCUAUGAGAACCAGUGGGGAACGGUGUGCGAUGACCACUGGGACCUGAAGGAUGCUGGUGUGGUGUGCCGGCAGCUGGGCUGCGGCAUGGUGCUGUCAGCCUCCAGGGCCGGGCAUUUCAGGGCAGGGUCCGGUCGCAUCUGGCUGGAUGAUGUGAAUUGCACGGGGACGGAGGUCGCCCUGUCUUACUGCAGGACGAAGGGCUGGGGAAAGAACAACUGCCACCACGGCGAAGAUGCUGGCGUGGUGUGCUCAGACUCAUCCAGCUACCCUAGGUCCGUCCACAUUGGUCCUACAGAGCUCCGCCUGGUAAACGGCCCGAACCGCUGCUCUGGGAGAGUAGAGGUGAUGCAUGACAACCAGUGGGGAACCGUGUGUGAUGACGACUGGAGCUUUCCCAAUGCCAGAGUGGUGUGCCGGCAGCUGGGCUGCGGGAUGGCGGUCUCAGCCUACGGCACAGCUCACUUUGGCCAGGGCUCGGGCCACAUUUGGCUGGACAACGUUCAGUGCAGAGGGACCGAAGCUGCCCUGUCCGAAUGCCUGGCCAGUCCUUGGGGUGCCAACAACUGUGACCAUACAGAAGAUGCCAGCGUCGUAUGCACAGGCACAGGCACAGAUACGGCCACAGCCACAGCCACCAGCACACCAGCUCAUCUGCGCCUGGAGAACGGCCCCAACCGCUGUGCAGGACGCGUGGAGGUGCUCCACAACCAUCAAUGGGGGACGGUGUGCGACAACAGCUGGAGCAUGGCCGAGGCGGUGGUGGUCUGCCGGCAGCUGGGCUGCGGGACGGCCACUUCAGCCCCGGGCUCGGCUCACUUCGGGCAAGGGUCUGGCCGCAUCUGGCUGGAUAACGUGAAUUGCACGGGGAGAGAAGCUGCCCUCUCUGAAUGUCAGACCAGGCCAUGGGGCUCCAACAGCUGUGACCACCAGAAAGAUGCUGGCGUGGUGUGCUCAGACACGGACACUUCGGAGCAGCGCCCGCUGCGGCUGGUGAACGGCUCGAACAGCUGCCUGGGGAGAGUCGAGGUCUUUCACAACCAGAAGUGGGGGACUGUGUGCGACGAUACCUGGGACCUCCAAGACGCCGCCGUCGUGUGCAGGCAGCUGGGCUGCGGGAUGGUGCUGUCAGCACCGGGCUCGGCUCAUUUUGGGCCAGGGUCAGAUCCCAUCUGGCUAGAUAACGUUCACUGCACUGGGACCGAGUCUACGCUCACUGAGUGUGAGCUGAACAACUGGGGAGAGCACAACUGCGCCCACAGCGAGGAUGCUGGUGUGGUGUGCUCAGGCACAAACCCCUUGCAGGUGCGGGUGAAAGAUGGUCCUGGUCCCUGCGCGGGACGGGUGGAAGUGCUCUAUGAAGCUACCUGGCAUGGGGUGUGCAGCACUGGCUGGAGCCUGCUGGAAGCCGGGGUGGUCUGCAGGCAGAUGGGCUGCGGGCCAGCCCUGUCGGCGCCCGUCGGAGCCCAGCAAAGCCAGGGGGAUGGCCAUGCCUUGCUGGAGGGGCUGAGCUGCCGGGGGACUGAGUCACUGCUCCUGGAGUGCCAGCAGAGAGAGAUGGGUCUGGGGCCGUGCAAGCAGGGCUCGGCAGCCACUGUGGUGUGUACAGAGCAGAAAGAUAUCAUACAGUCCUGCUCGGUGCUGGCAGGCCUCCUGAGCAUGGGGGCAAUGCUCUGCGGGACCCUGUUGGUCCUGUACCUGUGGACGAGGUAUGGAAGAUGGGCUGGACGCUCCCCAGCCAAACCACCUCUUAUAAAGAAGACAGAGGACACCGGGAUGUCAUCCGAGACACGGGCAGAACCAUCCACCCUGUUUCUGGCAGGGGUCACAUCCUUGCCCAAUGCAAACCCCAUCUUCAAUGCACCACCAGCACAGCACCCACCUCCAUCUGAACUCUCCCCUUCGGAGCAACCACUCGCCAUUUCGCAAGCCGAUGACAAGACUGGCCGCUGCAUGGGGCAGCAGGUCACCUCCUGGCAGAGCUUCACAGGCGCAGCCGCUGAGAGCCCAGGGGGGUUCCUUCGCCUGGUGGGUGGCCCCGGCCGCUGUGCCGGGCGGGUGGAGGUUCUCUACAACGGGACGUGGGGCACAGUGUGCGACGAUGGCUGGGGUUCCCCCGAGGGCCGAGUCGUGUGCCAGCAGUUGGGCUGCGGGACAUUGCUGUCGGUGGCACCAGAAGCUCGGUACGGAGAAGGGACAGGACAGAUCUGGUUGGAUGAGGUCAACUGCACUGGGGAGGAAAGGAAUCUCUCUGAAUGCCAAGCCAAGCCAUGGGGGGAACACAACUGUAACCACUUGGAGGACGCCAGCGUUGAGUGCUCAGAAUCCAGCAUCACCACCCUGGGCACCCUCCAGCUGCUCAACGGCCCCAACCGCUGCGCCGGGAGGGUGGAGGUGCUCCACCACCACAUGUGGGGGACAGUCUGUGACGACGGCUGGGACCUGGUGGACGCGACAGUGGUCUGCCGGCAGCUGGGCUGUGGCACAGCACUGUCGGCCACCAGAGGGGCUCACUUUGGGAGGGGCCACGAUCCCAUCUGGUUGGAUGAGGUGAACUGCACUGGCACCGAGGACACCCUCUUUGACUGCCGGGCCAAUGCGUGGGGAGACAACAACUGCUUCCAUGGGGAGGAUGCUGGAGUGAUAUGUUCAGCUUCAGGGGUGUCCAUGGCCACUGAGCUCCGCCUGGCCAACGGUUCGACGCGCUGUGAAGGCAGGGUGGAGAUCACUCACGACGGCACCUGGGCAGCCCUGUGUGACGAGGGCUGGGGUCUGGCCGAAGCUCGAGUGGUGUGCAGGCAGCUGGGCUGUGGGAGAGUGCUGUUGGCACCUGGCGGGUCGCAUUUUGGGCAAGGACCCGGGCAAAUGUGGCCUGACAGCGUGAGCUGCAUGGGUACAGAGACCGCCCUCUCUGCGUGCAAGGCGAAGCCCUGGAGCAACGGCACUUGUCACCAUGGGAGAGCAGCUGGCGUGGCGUGCGCAGGUAACUCGGAGGGCGACCAGGUCCGGCUGGUGAACUAUGGCAGCCGCUGCGCUGGCAGGGUUGAGAUCUUCCAUAACAAGCAGUGGGGGACCGUGUGCGAUGACAACUGGGACCUGCUGGAUGCUGAGGUUGUCUGCCGGCAGCUGGAUUGCGGACGAGCACUGUCGGCCCCCAGGGGGGGUCAGUUCGGGCGCGGGAAUGGCAUCAUCUGGAUGGACGAGACGAAUUGCACAGGGAGGGAGAGCACAUUGUCUGCCUGCCAGGCCCGGCCGUGGGGCAUCAAUAAUUGCUACCAUGGGGAAGAUGCUGGCGUGGUUUGCUCAGACUCAAUCAUCCCCGAGCUGGCUCAUCUGCGGCUGGCAAACGGCUCGCACCGCUGUGCUGGCAGAGUUGAGGUGCUUCACCAGGAGGAGUGGGGAGCCAUCUGUGACCACGGCUGGGAUAAGCAGGACGCCGAGGUCGUGUGCCGGCAGCUGGGCUGCGGGACGGCACUGCCAGCAUUGGAGGGGGCGGACUUCGGCUCCGGACCCCCACGCAUCUGGCUGGACAACGUGAACUGCCAGGGGACAGAGCCAGCCCUUACGAAAUGCCAGGCAAGCCUGUGGGGAGAGAGCAGCUGCAGCCACGGAAAGCACGCCAGCGUGGUAUGCUCAGGCUCAGCUGUUUCCAGCUUCACCCCAGUCCGGCUGGUGGAUGGCCCAGGUCGCUGCGCUGGGAGGGUCGAGGUGUUUCACGAUGAGAAAUGGGGGACAGUGUGCGAUGACAGCUGGGACUUCGCGGAUGCCAAAGUGGUGUGCCAGCAGCUGGACUGUGGGAAGGUGGUAUCGGCUCCGCGGCGGGCUCACUUCGGGCAGGGACAGGGACCCAUCUGGCUGGACGACGUGCGCUGCAUGGGGACCGAGGCAGCCCUCUCUGAAUGCAGAGCCAAGGCCUGGGGUGUCCAUGGAUGCGAGCAUGGCGAAGAUGCCAGCGUGGUGUGCUCAGGAUCGGGCAUUUCUGACCUCGGAAGCCUCCGCCUGGUAAACGGCUCAGACCCAUGCUCUGGCAAAGUUGAAGUGUUUCAUGAUCAGCGCUGGGGGGGCAUCUGCACCGACGGAUGGGACCUGGCCGAAGCGCAUGUGGUGUGUCAGCAGCUGGGCUGUGGGACGGCGCGCUCGGCCGUGGGGUCUACCCAGUUUGGGACAGGAGAUGGCCUGAUCUGGGUGGAUGCCGUGGAGUGCACCGGGACAGAGAAGGCCCUCUUCGAAUGCAAGGUCAAGUUCUGGGGCGCUGAGAGCUGCAAGUCGAGUGGGCAUGCAAGCGUCUCGUGCUCUGUGGCCACAGACUUGGACCUGGGGAGUUCAGAAGCCCUGCGGCUGGUGAAUGGCCCGCACCGCUGCGCCGGGAGGGUGGAGGUCUUUCACAGCCAGCAGUGGGGGACCGUCUGUGACGAUGGUUGGGACCUGAAUGAUGCAGCUGUGGUGUGCCGGCAGCUGGGCUGCGGGACGGCCGUGUCAGCCCCAGGUUUAUCUGGUUUUGGGCAAGGAUCUGGCCCCAUCUGGCUAGAUGGGGUGAGUUGCCUCGGGACAGAAGCCACCCUUGCUGAAUGCCCGGUCAAGCCUUGGGGACACCAUGCAUGUAACCACGUGGAAGACGCCAGCGUUGUGUGCUCAGGCUCGGGAAUUGCCAACAGCCCCAGGCUUCGCCUGGUGGGUGGUUUAAGCAAGUGCGCCGGGAGGGUCGAGGUGUUUUAUAACAACGAGUGGGGGACGGUCUGCGACGACAGCUGGGACCUGAGUGACGCGAUGGUGGUCUGCCGGCAGCUGGGCUGCGGGGUGGCCCUCUCGGCCCCCAGCUCGGCUCGGUUUGGGUGGGGAGCCGGCCCCAUCUGGCUGGACGACGUGAGCUGCACGGGGGAGGAAACCGACUUGGACAAGUGUCAAGCCAAGACGCGGGGCAUCCACAACUGCCACCAUGGGGAGGACGCUGGCGUGGUGUGCGCAGCAGGCAACUCCAGCUCAUCCCACCUGCGGCUGGUGGACGGGCCACAUCAUUGCGCCGGGAGGGUGGAGGUGCUCAACGCCGGGCAGUGGGGGACGGUCUGCGAUGACGGCUGGGACCUGAACGAUGCGGUGGUGGUGUGCAGGCAGGUGGGCUGCGGCAGAGCUGAGGCAGCCCCCGGUCGGGCUCACUUCGGGCAGGGGACGGGGCGCAUCUGGUUGGAUGAUGUGACCUGCACCGGGAGCGAGGACGCCCUCGCCCAGUGUCGAGCCCGUCCCUGGGGCCAGACUAACUGCCACCAUGGAGAAGAUGCCGGCGUGAUGUGCUCAGUCACCAGCAUAACCAACACAUUGACUGUCCGGCUCGUGGACGGCCCGCAUCGCUGCGCCGGGAGAGUGGAGGUCUUUCACAACCAGCAAUGGGGGACGGUCUGCGAUGACGGUUGGGACCUGAGUGAUGCGGCAGUGGUCUGCCGGGAGCUGGGCUGUGGGACGGCCACCGCGGCCCCAACAGGGGCUUCUUUCGGGAGGGGGCUGGAUCCCAUCUGGCUGGACAGGGUCGCCUGCGUCGGGGGGGAGAACGCCCUCGUGGAGUGUCGGGCCAGGCCCUGGGGAAUCAACAGCUGCACCCACGAAGAGGACGCCGGCGUGAUCUGCUCAGAUGAGGUCAGGGCAGAGGUCCGUCUGGCAGGACCGAACCGCUGCGCCGGGAGGGUGGAGGUGCUCUACGCCGGGCAGUGGGGGACGGUCUGCGAUGACGGCUGGGACCUGAACAACGCGGCAGUGGUGUGCAGGCAGGUGGGCUGCGGCAGAGCUGAGGCAGCCCCCGGUCGGGCUCGCUUCGGGCAGGGGACGGGGCGCAUCUGGCUGGAUGAUGUGACCUGCACCGGCAGCGAGGAUACCCUCGACCAGUGCCGAGCCCGUCCUUGGGGGCAAAGUAACUGCCACCACGGAGAAGAUGCUGGCGUGGUGUGCUCAGAUGCCAACAUCACAGAGGUGCAGGUCCGCUUGGCCAACGGCCCAAACCGCUGCGCUGGAAGAGUUGAGGUGUUUCACGAACACCAGUGGGGGACCAUCUGUGAUGACAGCUGGGAUUUGAAGGAUGCCAAGGUGGUCUGCCGGCAGCUGGGCUGCGGGACAGCCGUGUCAGUGCCGGACCAAGCUCAUUUCGGGCACGGGUUGGACCCCAUCUGGCUGGACAAUGUGGAGUGCACUGGCACGGAGACCACCUUCUCCCAGUGCGGCUUUAGGAACUGGGGACUCCAUAACUGCAACCACGAUGAAGACGCGGGAGUCGUGUGCUCAGGCACAAACCCCUUGCAGGUACGGGUGCAGGAUGGCUCCGGUACCUGCGCAGGACGGGUGGAGGUGCUUUACAACGCUACCUGGCAUGGGGUGUGCAGCACUGGCUGGAGCCUGCUGGAAGCCGAGGUGGUCUGCAGGCAGAUGGGCUGCGGGCCAGCCCUGUCGGCGCCCGUCGGAGCCCAGCAAAGCCGGGGGGACGGCCAUGCCUUGCUGGAGGGGCUGAGCUGCCGGGGGACUGAGUCGCUGCUCCUGGAGUGCCAGCAGAGAGAGACAGGGCUGGGGCCGUGCAGGCAGGGCUCGGCAGCUGGCGUGGUGUGCACAAAGCCGAAGGGUGCUUCACCAUCCUGCUCGGUGCUGAUAGCACUGCUGGCCCUGGUCAUGCUGCUGAGCGGGGUCCUGCUGUGGCUCAACCUGAAGAGGAGGUGCAUGGCAGCAGCCGAGGCUGGAGCCCGUCAGCACCCCAGGGACCAGAGCACUUCGGCAACGUCCUUCCAGCCCAUGGGGGCCAUCUACCUCCCCACCAAGGCAGAAGCCUCCGAGGACCCUGACACUGAGACAACACAGCUCAUGACAGAAGACACUGCCCCAUGAUGCCAGCCCCCCCCCCCCAAGCUCGUGCCCCGGGGGUCGCACUAGGCUCCCGCUGCCGCCCUUUUCCCUAAUCUGCCUUCCUGAAGACUGCAAAGCAGCAGCUGAUGGGCAGGACAUCUCAAAAGCAGCCAGUACCAAUGACUUAUACCAUGAGCCCUGAAAUAGCCGACCAAGGUGGGGGGGCUGUUGCCCAGUGUGGUGAUAUUUAACCCACCUUCACACCCUCUGAGCAGCCCCUGUGGCUCAGGAGGAGCCCAACGAACCUGGCAGCCAGUGCAAGGCUGAGCUAAAGGAGCAGAGGAGCAGAAGGAGGGGUGCAAACGAAUUAAAAGGGGGUCCCCAA